AUGGUGAGUGAUUAUCUUUGGCAAAAAAAUAAAUAAAUAAAAUUUGGUGAUUUUUUUCAGCAAUCUUUUGAGAACGCCGACAAACUUUAUGAGCUUCAACAACACCAAAAGGGAUUUGAGGAAUUGCACAAAAGACUUCAAGAUGGUAAGCUUAUUCAAAAUCCAGCCAAAAAAUUAUGAAAAAUUUGUUUUUAAGGAGAACGCAAUGCUGAAAUUCUUUGGCGCCUUUGUCGUUUCUGCAACGAUAUUGCUUUCUGUUCAAGUGGAGAAAAGAAAACACAAGCAAUUUUAGAUGGACGUGACUAUGGUCUUCAAGCGAUCGAAGCUGAUCCGACAAACUUCGAAGCCGCCAAAUGGUCCGCUAUUCUUUUCGGUCUCUACGUCGACACUUUGCCAACAAAAGAGAAGAUUAGUGAGGGGGGAAAGUUGAAAGAUAUGUUGGAUAAGGCUCUUGAGAUGGAUCCAAAAGAUUUCUGUCUUCUCCAUCUUCGUGCCAGAUUCUCGUAUACUCUUGCCAAUUUGUCUUGGUUCGAACGUAAGGUAAGAAAUUAAAUUAUUAUUUUUUUUUGAAAUCUGCAGUCACAAUAUAUUUUAGGGCGCCUCAGUUUUGUACGGCGAGCUGCCAAAGGCUACAAUUGAGGAUGCGAUGAAUGAUUUCGAAGCCGCCUACGAAUCAAAACCAGAUUGGAUUGAGAACAUUUUCUACCUUUCAAAAUGCUAUUUAUCCAAAAAAGACAAGGCAAAGGCAAAGAAUUAUUUGAAGCAAGCAGUUAAUUUGCCAACAGAGACGGUUAACGACAAGGAAAUUAUGAAUGAAUGCAAGAAAUUGCUUGAAAAAUGCUGA